AUGAACACAUCAAUAUCAUCACCUUAUCAAAGACAUAUUCUUACAUCAUCCAGUACUGGUAGUGGAAGUAAUAAAAAACCAAUGAUGGUCAACGAUUUAAUGGAUAAUGAUAAUAAUAAUAAUAUAACCUCAAACUCUACCAAUAAGAAUAAUAUUAAUAAUAAAAAUAUAAAUAAUAAAACAACAACAACAACAACACCACCAACAUCAUCAUCAACAACAACAUCAAAUACACCAUUAUCAACAACACCAAUAAAAAAUAUUGGUUUCAGUAGUGGUAGUGGUAGUGGUAUUGGUAGUUUAAAUAAUAUUAAUAACAAUAGUAUCAAUAAUAAUAAUAAUAAUAACAAUAACAAUAAUAAAAAUGUAGUAACAUCAAAUAGAAAUACAUUAAAGAGUGAUACAUUCCCAAUGAUAUCAAGUAAUUGGGAAAGUAAUAAAUAUUUCGAUUAUAUUUAUUUUAGGACAUAUUAUACAAAUCUUAAAUCUAGACAUUUCAUAUUAGUUAAUCUCUUCAUCUUAUCAUUAUUAUUAUCUGCUUAUUAUUAUCUUUAUUUAUAUUUUGAUUCUAUUAAACAAUAUGACAAUAUGUUUUUUUAUUAUUAUUUACCAUUAUCAUGUUUAACAUUUUUGAUGGGAUAUACAAUCUAUAAUAUUCACCUUCAUUUUAAACAAGUACCAGAGAUUCAAUUAACAGAAGAUGAAAGAGUUUUAUAUGAUUGGCCAAAUAAUUUCCCAACUUCACCAUUCUCACCAUUAUCACCUAUUAAGCCAUCGUCAUCAUCAUUGAUUAAUAAUAAUAAUAAUAAUAAUAAUAAUAAUAAUAAUAAUAAUAAUAAUAAUAAUAAUAAUAAUAACAAUAAUAUUACAACACCAUUAAAGAAUAAUACAGAGGAUUUAUCUUUUAUUUCACCAAUUCAAAAACAACAACAACAACAACCAAAUGAUCAAUAUAUAUCAUCAUAUAGUUCAAUUAAUCAAUUUAAAAGUCAACAACAGCAAUCACCAACAUCAUCACCAAUGAAUUCAUCUAGAUUUAAUAAUAGUUUUAGUUAUCAACAAGGUGAAGAUAAAUCAUUUGAAGAAUUAGAAAGAGAUAGAUUAAAUUUUAAUUUUAAAGGAAGAUUACAAUCAAAUUUAACAGAUUUUAGUUUUGAACAACAUCCAUUUAAAGAAGAUGAUAAAAAGAAAAAGAAACAACAACAAUCACAACAAAUACAACAACAACAACAACAACAAGAACAAGAAGAAUUUGGAUAUAUUAGACAAAGUUUAACAAAUGAAUAUCAAUCAAUGUCAUCAUUGAAUAAUACAACUGAACCAAUUCAUUAUAAUAUUGUACAAAAACCAAUUACAACCAAUGUUGAUAAUAAUAGUUUGAUUAAUGUAAACAAACCAAAAACAUUUCAACAAACUGUUGAACAUAAAGUUUUACUUUGGAAUCGAUUCAUUGAGGAUAAUCAUUUCUAUGCUAUAUCAGAUUGUUCAACAAAAUGCAAACGUUGGUUCACUUUGAAUAUCCUUUCACAAUUGGUUGAACCUGCUCAAUUGUUUUUAUCAUUGAAGGAGGACACUCAACAACAACUUCAAGAGGAACAUUCUAAACCAUUCUCAAAACAAUUACAACAAUUACAAUUACAACAACAACUACAACAAUCUCAAUUAUAUCAACAACAAUUACAACAAUCACAAUUCCAACAACAACCACAAUUCCAACAAUUACUUCAACAACAACCAUUAUUACAAUUUAGUCAAGAUGAAAUCAUAAAAUUAGAUGAGAUUAAAAAUCUUUUAAAAAAUAUAACCUACAAUUUAAAUUUAAUCAAUGAUGUUCAUCAUAAGAAAGAAUCGAUUUAUAUUUGUCAAAGAAUCAUUGAAUUGUCACGUGAUAAACAUGUGUUUCAUGAUUUCAAUAAAGGUGGUGAAAAUUGGAUUCCAAACGAGUUGCCAACUGAUGAGCAAUUGUUGUUUUGUCUAUUCUUGGCUUACAUGGAUUCAAAGUUGUAUCGUGAUGUCACUGCUCCCAAUCCUGAUAUUCCUUUCUCUUCAAAGUAUAUCAAGCAUGAACAUAGCAAAUAUAUCAAUUACUACUCUGCUAUGAUAAGUGUAGUCUAUAAAAGACCACUUCAUUGUGAUCUCUUAAUACCAACAGCUUCUUCUCCAUCUGCUCCACUUCAAAUUUGUGAUAUCUCUCCUGGUUUCGAUAAUAUUUUCUUUGCAAUCGUUUUAUUCUUUUAUAAUGUCAUUCAAUAUCAAAAUGGUUAUUUAGAAGAUUAUGAUGUUAAUUUAUUAAAUAUUAAAAGUUUUGUUCAACCAUUAAUUAAUAGUACUUUAAAUAGUGAAAAUAGUGAUGAUGAUGAUGAUUAUGAAAAUUAUUAA